AUGCAGCAGGACCCGUCGAGCCAGGCAUAUGCAGAGGAGCUUGCUCGCUUACGAGCGAGCGAGUCUGAUUCUGAUGCUGAGCUUUUGGAAAAUCUAGGCUACAAGCCAGUAUUGCAUCGUUCCUAUACGCUGUUCCACAACUUUUCAACAACAUUUGCGGCGCUGUAUUUCGUGGGAGGCGUUCGUGUGACAUUUUCUACCGGAAUCAGCGCAGGCGGCAAUCUCGCGUAUUGGACUUCCUACAUUGUGACCUGCGUCUUCACAUUCAUCACAGCGGCUGUCAUCGCAGAGAUAUGCUCCUCGCUGCCUCUCGCUGGAUCCAUAUACCUCUGGGCUGCCGAGGCAGGAGGGCCUAGAUUCGGACGCUUCUUCGGCUUCAUCGUGGCUUGGUGGUCUACCACUGCCUGGACAACUUUCUGCGCCAGUAACACUCAGGGAGCUGUCAAUUACCUUCUGGCUGAAAUCGUGGUCUUCAAUGUUGACUACCCAUCUGAUUCGGAUCACAUCAAAUACCGCGCUGUUCAAUGGGCCGUUACCGAGUUCAUGUUGGCAGUCGCUUGCAUCGUCAACCUGCUCCGUCCCAAGUACUUCCGCUGGAUCUUCUAUGCAUCUUCCGGGAUGGUAUUGCUGGACUUUGUGCUCAACAUGGUUUGGCUGCCAAUUGGAGUGGCCCAGACUUAUGGCUUCCGUACUGCUCAUGAGGCCUUCUUGACUACUUACAACGGUACUGGAGCACCUGCUGGCUGGAACUGGUGUUUGUCUUAUCUGGCUACCGCUGGCAUUCUGAUCGGAUUUGAUGCUUCUGGUCAUGUCGCAGAGGAAACGAAGAACGCCAGUGUGAGUGCAGCUAGAGGUAUUUUUUGGAGCACUGUGGUUAGUGGUGUUGGUGGUUUUGUCGUGGUUAUUCUGUUCUUAUUCUGUGUGCCUGAUGCAGAUACCUUCUUCCAGUUUGGUUCUGAGCAGCCAUUCGUACCACUUUAUGCUGUGGUCCUCGGUCAGGGCGGACAUGUCGUCAUGAACGUUGUCUGUAUCGUAGCCCUCUGGUUUAAUACUGCAAUCGCUGUCCUCGCCGCAUCAAGAUUAGUAUUUGCUGUCGCAAGAGAUGGUGUUCUUCCCUUCUCUGGAUGGGUCUCUCAGGUCGCGAAUGGCCAGCCCAAGAAUGCCGUGAUUGUCGUCUGGGUUGUUUCAGCCAUCAUCACCUGCACAAUCCUUCCAUCCAGCACUGCAUUCACCAGUCUGGUUUCAGCAGCUGGUGUUCCUUCCGCCGCUGCAUACGGUCUGAUCUGUCUUGCGAGACUCGUGCUCACACCGAAAACAUUCCCCAAGCCUAGAUGGAGCCUUGGAAAGUUCAGCAAGCCUUUCCAGUUCAUCGCCAUCUUCUGGAACGGCUGGGUUGUCGCUAUCUUGUUCUCGCCGUAUGCUUUUCCUGUCACGGCUGGCAACCUGAACUAUGCCCCAGUGAUCAUGGCGAUUGUCACAAUCUUCGCCAUCGUGUCGUACUUCGUUAUUCCUGCGGAAAGAUGGUUGCCGUCGCAUAGGAUUCAGCAAACACUCGAAGCAGAGGGACCCAAGUCUCCUCGUGUUGAUACCUUUGCUCACCACUAG